UUUGAUGGUUUAGCUCAUUGUCAAGGGAAUUGUCUUAAGAGAACCAGAGUAGGAUACGUUAUCUAUCACAUGCCCAAAUACCCAGGGAAUGGAUUCUACCUUCGGCCUCCUGUCUGAGAAGCACUUCCUCUGCUCCCUCUGUGAGGACAUCUUCAGCAGGCCGGUCACCACGCCUUGUGGCCACAGCUUCUGCAAGGUGUGUCUGCGCAAGUACUGGAGCCGCACUGGCCUAGACAAGUGUCCUCUCUGCGGGAAGUCCUUCGUCUCCAAGCCUCACCUCAGUGUGAACCGCAUACUGGCAGAUGUCACUGAGCAGUACAGGAAGUCACGUUCAGGCGCCAAAGCCAAGGCUCACAGUUUGGAUGGAUUGCUAAAUGAACCUGUGCAGAAGACUGACGUUGAUAAAGAACACAUGAUUGAGCAGAGAAUUCAGAAGGUGGAGAAACUCAAGCAGUCCCUGAAGCUCCUAAAGAGCUCGUGUCUAAGGGAGGUUCAGGAGAGUCGGAGGGUUUUCUCUGCCCUCCUGAACUCUGUAGAGUCAGCCCAUAAGGCAGUGGUGGCAGCAGUGGAGGAGAAACAGAAAGAGGCAGAGAAACGAGUGGACAGAUUGGUGAGGGAGCUGGAGAAGGAGAUCCUCGAGCUGAAAGGUGGGCAGACCAAACCAGACCUUCUGCGAGAUGACAAGACUCAACUUACAAAGAGUUUUAGUCAUUUGCCCACAGAGAUGAGGGAUUGGUCAAAGGUCAGCCUAGAGACAGACCCUUGCUUGGGCUACACCAGGAAAGCUGUGAUGGACCUCUUUAAUGCUGUCAUGGCGGAGGCUAACAAGCUCUCUAAAGCAGAGCUGAAGAUGUUGCAGAAGUAUUCAGCGGAGGUCACACUGAAUCCCCGCACCGCUCAUGCCCACCUAGCCAUCUCUGAUGACAGGAAGGAUGUCCGGCACACCAACAAGCAGCAGGAGGUCCCAGAGAACCCUAAGAGAUUUGACCGUGUCACCAACGUCCUGGCCAAGGAAGCCUUCAGCUGUGGCAGGCAGUACUGGGAGGUGGAAGUGGGAGACAAGACGGACUGGGACUUGGGCGUGGCCAAGCAGUCCGUCAACAGGAAGGGGAAGUUCACGGUCAGUCCGGCCAAUGGUUUCUGGAUACUCAGUCUGAGGAACGGAAAUCAAUAUACUGCCAACACGUCACCGCCCACCUGCCUGGCCCUCACAUUCAAGCCCAGAAAGGUGGGUGUUUACCUGGACUACGAGGAGGGUCGUGUGUCCUUCUUCUGUUUGGACUCCGGGGCUCACAUCCACACUUUCACAGAUACAUUCACUGAGAAGCUCCAUCCAAUAUUCAGCCCCGGCCGACCGCACGGAGCCAAGAACAGUGCCCCACUUAUUAUCACCACCAGCUGCUGCAGCAUCUAAACCAAUAUGGCACUUUUAAAUGCCUGAUUAUAUGUCCUCAUAGAAUGACACUUGAAACUGUAAAGCCCUGUCACACAGAGAACCGUUUAUCUGAACCAAACUUGGCUGAAAUGUUAAAAUUGAGAAUUCAAUAUUUGGUUAAAUACAGUUUUAUUAUGUUUGCUAUAAAAUUUUUGUUUGCAGAUUGUUGGAAUUCUUUUCUACUACAUGUUGAAUAAGAUUAAUCAUUCUAAGGUUUAUUAUUGUGUUAUACAAUACUGUUCAAAGUUCAGAGAGUACUCUUCAUUUAUUUAAUUUCCAAUUGAAA